GCUUCCCCUUCCGGUUCACCCGGGAGAGGAACCGGAAGUUUCUUGUGGAGGCGACUCCGCUGAGUGAAAUCUAACAGAGCCGGCUGUGGCGGUUCCUCCUCCCUUCUCCGUGAGCGGCUGUUGCUGAACCCUCCCCGCGGCCGCCCCUUCUGAUCCGGCCCCUUCCCAUGUUCAGGGAAAGCGGGUUGGUAGCAGCCCCGUCUCGUUCCAGCGCCAGGAGCCGCCGUCUCCGCCCGGCCCGAGAGCCGCCGCCGCGUCAUGUCUGAGCUGAGCCAGGAGCUCGUCCACCUGGUGUGGGGCAAGAAAGCCGGGCCCGGCGGGCUCGCUGACACCAUCUUCUGCCGCUGGGCGCAAGGAUUUGUAUAUAGUGAAUCUGAAUCAACUGCAUUAGAACAAUUUGAAGGUGGCCCUUGUGCGGUGAUUGCACCCGUUCAGGCAUUCCUUUUGAAGAAGCUUUUCACCUGUGAGAAGUCUGCUUGGAGAGAAUGUCAAGAGGAAGAACAGAAGAACCUUCUUUGUCAUACGUUAUGUGACAUUUUAGAGAUGGCUUGCUCUGAUAAUUCUGAAUCGUACUCUUUGGCAACAUGGAUAAGAGGAAAAACAACUGAAGAGACUGCUAGUAUUUCUGAGAGUCCUGUCGAGUCAAGUCAUCAGGAGGAACAACCCUCUGCCUUGGCUGCCGAAGAGCUUGGCUUUGAGCGAUUUCAUGCAUUAAUUCAGAUAAACGAGAAGAAAUCGACACUAGUUCCGGUGCAACAACUAGAAUUCAUUGGCCCUUACGUAGACUCAGCAAAAGCUUCACUACCAAGGAAUUCAGAACAUGAAGUCCGCAUGGGAUCUAAACUUAGUCCUCAGAGGACUUACCAGAGCCACCUUCGAGCCUCUUACUACCUGUUCACUACUACAGCUAUCAAUGAAGGUAGCAUUCCUAGUUGCGAUCACCUCAGCAUGUACAAACUACUUGGUAUACGUAAACAGGCAACUGUAGGUUUUUUGACAUUAAUGGAAUCUCUAAGAUACUGUAAGGUUGGCUCCUACUUGAAAUCUCCAAAGUUUCCUAUUUGGAUACUUGGCAGUGAAACACAUCUCACAGUCUUUUUUGCCAAGGAUUUGGCCCUUGUUGCCCCUGAAGCUCCUUCAGAACAAGCCAGAAGAGUUUUUCAAACGUAUGACCCAGAAGAUAAUGGAUUUAUACCUGAUACCCUUCUAGAAGAUGUAAUGAAGGCUUUGGACCUUGUAUCAGAUCCUGAAUAUGUAAAUCUCAUGAAGACCAAAUUAGACCCAGAAGGACUAGGAAUCAUAUUACUGGGUCCCUUUCUGCAAGAAUUUUUCCCUGAGCAGGACUCCAGGGUUCCAGAGUCAUUCACUGUAUAUCACUACAAUGGAUUGAAGCAGUCUAAUUAUAAUGAAAAGGUCAUGUAUGUAGAAGGCACAGCAGUUAUUAUGGGCUUUGAAGAUCCAAUGCUACAGACUGAUGAUACUCCAAUAAAGCGCUGUUUGCAAACCAAAUGGCCAUAUAUAGAAUUACUCUGGACCACAGAUCGAUCUCCUUCAUUAAAUUGAUGUGUUUAGAAGAAAUAUACUAUACUACUAUCUAAUGCUUUACUGGGGGAUUAAGAAUUGGCAUUUGCUGAAAGCAGUAUACUUGACUGUAUGAAGCUGUACACUGGUAUCAUUGAUAAAUUGUAAAUAAUGAUUACAAACACUUUUCAGUGUUAAUUGAAAUAUUUAAUUUUUUUAAUCAGAUUGAUUUCUCUUUAUAAUAGUUUGUCAUUUUUGGUCAUUGUGGUAGUAUUGUGAGUUCUGUUCUUAAAAAAGCCUACUUAUACCAUCUAAAUUUGCCAUCUCAUAAAGAUUUGAAAAAUGUCUAAUACUGCAGUAUCUGCAUGUUAGGUAUCAAAUUAAUCUUUCAACUGUAAAAACAUUCAGAAAACAUGUUUGCUUCUUGAAUCUUUUGGGCACGUUUUGUUAUUUAAAUUAUACUGGCUUACGUUACAGUAUCAUAAUUUGCAGUCUGGACUGGCCUUGCACUGAAUGUUUAAAUGAGCUUAAACUCUCUGCAAUUUUUUCUAAAAUUUGGCUCUAACUAAACAACUUUUACAAAAAUGGUAAAAUUAGGAAUAAUUUUUAGGCUCUUACUACUUAAUAUAAACUAUAAAAGCCGUUUCGAGGCGGUUGUAUAUUGCUAUGGCUUAGCUAUCUGGCAUGUUAAAAGUGAAGACAGAGUAUGAGGAAAAAUAAAUGUAUUAAUAUUUAUUCAAAGUUGUAUAAAGGAAAUGUAAAAAAUCAACAGCAGGAAGAAUUUGUUCUAUAAUCUUUAAAUUGUUCAGAUUUAUAGUAUUGCCAAAUACCUCUUCUCAAUUUGUCCAAACAACAAUGUAAGCCAGCUUUAUUGUAUGUGUUAAGUGCAUGAAAACAUCUGUUAUUACAUGAGUAUAUGCCUUUAUUUAUUAUCUAGUUGUUAGCCCUAAAUAAAACCUUUUCCCUGAACUAUGA